CCAAGCCAAUCCACCCACCAUUCCAACAACCACGUGAUGAAACUCGAGCCAGCGCAUGGACACCACAUUGGUGACGUCAUCAGUGCGCCCUGCGCUGCUCGCGCUCAGGCCCUUGCCAGAGGCGUGCUGCAGGGCGUGAGUCUGUCAGCAGCAGGUUAAAGCGUGAGCGAUGAAGCGGCGACGAGGAGAUGCGAGCGAGGGAGGCGAGGUGGUGGCAGCGAUGGACGGCAGCACGUGCCACGUGGCGCGAGUCACGCCUGGCGGUCACACCCGCGUGCGCAUGCCCAGUGAAACCAGUCAGCGCCCUCGGGAUUGCCGUAGCGACAGCGACGAGAAGAGGCGAGGCGAGGAGAGGCGCGAGGAGGAGUGGCGCGAGGAGAAGUGGCGGGAAGAGGAGUGGCGCGAAGAGGAGUGGCGGGAGGAGGAGUGGCGCGCGCAAUUCGCCCACCGUGAAGGCGCAGGCGCGCAUCCCAUGACCUCCCGCCCCUCGUCGUGCUCCCUCUCGCCCCCCCGCCAACCUCAAGCCGAGGGGGAGAACGGGUGGGAGGGGAGCGCGAGGCAGCAAGCGUGCGGGGGAGAGGGCGCUGGGCGUGCCGCGGCUGGUGGCGGCGAGGGCGACCACGCCGGGCGCGACGCACAGCGGCGCCUCCGCGAUGGCGAUGGCGACUCCCCCGGGCGCGCACAGGCCGCAGUGCGCCUCGCGGACGGCGCGGCGGACAGCCUCGCAAUGGGAGGGGAAGGCGACGCUGGGGGGCACGGCGGGGCGUGCGCGUGCCGGUUCUGCAGCUGGCAGUUCGACUCCGACGACGACUGCGACCUCCUCCGCCCCUGCACCGCCACAGACCCCCCGCGCUUCCGCCCGCAAACUGUGGGGGGCGGGGCGGAGGCGCCUGGGGAAAGAGGAGUAGGGGGAGAGGCGCUGGGUGGGGAUAGGGGCGGAAGGAGGGCGGAGGGGGGGGGGAGAGGCUGCUCGGAUGGAUGCGGAGAAGACAACGGGGGCGUGUGGAAGGGUAGAAGGGGAAUUUACCCUGCAGGGCGAUUCAUGGGGAGCGACGGGGAGUGCUUGGUGCUGGCAGGUUGGGAUGGGUGCUGCUUGGUGCUGGACUCAACCACACUGCAGGAGCGGGCGUCCUUCUCUCCGCCACCCAGCAUGCGUCUGGGUGUGCCGGCGGCGUGCCACGUGCUGUCCGUGCCAUCGCACGACAGCCUGAGCGCGCGUCUGCUGCUCGCCACGUCGCGCUCGCAUGCGGCCUUCUGCUGCUGGGACCUCCUCUCCGCCCAACUCGUCUCCUGCUUCCCGCCUCCCGCUCCCACUGCCCCGCCCUCGCUCUUGCAUUCGCCCCCGCACGCAUAUGGUACACAUGGUGCUGAUGACGCUGCUGCUGCUUCCUCUGUUGCCGCCAUUCAGUCUCGAAUAGAACGCACAGCAGCACCACGUGGUGCAGUCGCUGCCUGCCACCCUUCUUGUGCCGCCUCUCCCGCGCCUGCUGCUGGCUGCUCGCCCGCCAGCCCCUCGCCAGCGUGCCACACCCCACUGCCCUGCUGCCCUCCCUCCUCCCUCCAUGCGGCUCCACCACACCAUGCACAGUGCCCCGGCCACUCGCCACCCAACAGCACUUCACCACUGCCGCACGCGCCUAUCCUUUGCUCUGCGUCCCCUGCUCCUCCACCUCUCCCCUUGUGCACACAAGCCACACGCACAGCAGCUUGUGGGACAGUGCAGGCACCCCACGCACUGCAGUCACCCACCACCGCAGCCGCCUCGCCUGGCCCCUCUCGCCAUGCCAGCACGCCCAGGGCCCUGCCUCCACGUGGCACCACAUUUUUGCCGCAUGCAGCCGUAGCAGGGCAAGGUUGUAGCGGGCAAUCGCCGGUUUGCCGGGCGCUACAGAUGGCAGGCAGCGCUGCACCCACAGACUGUGGGGCGGGUCCCUCGACAACGCGUGGGGACGAGCCUCCGCGAGAUGGAGAAGCCAACCUUGAGCGUCAGCGACGGGCGUCACACAACUGCUGUGCAGCGCUGUGUGCUGGCGCAUGCGAGUGCCUGGCAGAGCAGCGCACUGCUGCUCCGCGGGAACAGAUACCGCCUCCCACUCCUCCCGCCCCUCAAUGCCCCUCUCUCACCCCGCCAACCCCCCAACUCGCCUCCCUCCCUGUCCCCCCCCGCACCCCUCCCCCCUCCCCCCCGUGCGGCCCCUCCUUGGCCAUGGUGGCGGCGGGGGGGUGCGACGUGAGCGUGUUUGACGUGCGCGAUGGCAGCGAGGCGCUGCGCCUGCAGACGGAAGGCGCGGUGGAGCGGAUGGUGAGCUGUGCGCCGCUGCUGUGGCUGGACGGGGAGCGCCUGCUCGUGGUGGAGGAGGGCGGGUGCGUGGGGCUGUGGCACGUGGCGGGCGGCGAGGCCGUGCUCUUCCACCAGGUGCAGCUCACGGACGAGUGGGGCGACCCCGAGCGCGUGUGCGCCGUGGCCGUCAUGCCGGGCCGGAGGUGCAACAAGCGGCUCUUCCCCUCGCAGGGCGACGGGGUGACAUGUGCGUUCGCAUCGCAGCAGGCGGUGUACCUGGCGGACUGGACCACGCCCGCCGUCAUCCUGCGCCGCAUCCCCUCCUCCUCCGCCUGCCCUGCCGACGUGAUGUGUUUCGCAGGCACGUCUCUGUUUGUGGCGCUGCCAUCGCUGCCGCAUGAGGACUUUGCAUCCGUGCAGUGCAUAGACUGCACGAGUGGCAGGGAGGUGGGGCGCUACCACCUGGACACGCACAUCCCGCGCGCCAGCAGAGGGCCGCUGCUCGCCCUCGCCGUGCACCAUGGCCGCCUCUUCGCCCUGCACGCUGGGGGCGUGCACGUGUUCCGCCUGCAGGGGGGGAAGGGGAGGGGGGAGGGGAAGGGGGAGGGGAAGGGGGAGGGGAAGGGGAAGGGGGAGGGGAAGGGGGAGGGGAAGGGGGAGGGGAAGGGGGAGGGGAAGGGGGAGGGGAAGGGGGAGGGGAGUGGACAGGGGAAGGGAGAAAAGGGAAGAGGGGAGAGGGAGGGGCAGGAGAAAGGUGAAGGUUGGGAAGGGAGGCAAGAGGGGGGGAAUGGGAGGGAGCGGAGGGGUUUGGAGGAGUGGCGACAUGGUGGGGUGGCAGAGCAGAUGAGGAGCAGGGGUGUGACGCGGAGCCCCUUGCAUGACUCGGCAUCCAGGAAGCGCGCAUGCGUGCGGGUAGCAACAUGGCUGGCAGCCCAAGGCACUGUGGGUGUGCAGGCACAGCAGGACCAGCAGCAGGGGGCACACAAGCAGGGGGCUGAGGGCAGUGCAUGUGUCAAUGAGUGGCAGGGUGGAGCAGCCGGGGAUGCGGCGGAGAGGGCGAGCGGAGAAGGCGUGGGAGUGGCAGGGGGGGAGAGAAGUGGGAGCGAGGCCAUGUGUGGUGCGGACUGGCUUGCAGACGCGGACGCCAUACCAAGUGCCAUACGGUGCGGCAGCGGGGAGGGCAGCAGGGGCUGCGAGGAGGCGACGGUGGAGGAGCGGCGGCUGGUAGGUGUGGUGGGCAGGCGCGUGGGCGGGCUGCUGCAGCCCGCCAUGGACGUGCUGGGGGACAGGCUGCUGCUCCUCUCCGCUAACCACCCUCCGUGCAUGUACUCUUGUCUAUAAUGAUUUAAUUUAUUUAAUUACAUGUGUAUCGUUACCAGUUUAUACAGG